UUCUUCUUCUUCUUCUUCUUCUAGCUCAUCAAGCAUCUCCUCCUCCUCCUCCUCUGCAGCCCCUUCUGUUUCUGUGACGAUGGCUGCAAUGCUGAGAGCUGUAAUGGCGAUAGCGACGGUGGCAGCCAUCUCUGCGAUUGCCAUGGGCGCCAACUACGACGUCGGCGGCCCCGCCGGCUCUUGGGAUCUCGCCACUAACUACACGCAGUGGGUCUCCGGCAAGGCAUUCCGCGUGGGUGACACACUGACAUUCAAGUAUGCGUCGAGCCAUGACGUGUUGGAGGUGUCGAAAGCCGCGUACAGCUCGUGCACGACGAGCAACCCCAUAUCGACGAGCACCGGCGGCAACACCGUCGUCACUCUCAAC